AUGGUACAAAAGAGGAGCAAAGAUCAGACGGAUGAGAUAGGAAGAAACCCCAAAUUCACCCAAGAAAGAGGGGAAGGUGGUUACUUAUACACCAAAUUGGCCAGCGUAAGAACGGACAUAGUCUUCUUGAUUCAGUCCAGGCCCCGAGAACUAGCGGCAGCAAAGUUUUCUUGUCCGGCGCAUUUCUUUGACUCCGACCCGGCUCUUCCUAACGUACACGGUCACGAUACCGAGUCGUGGCCUCCGGAGCCCCACAUCUCGGCACCGCUCAACGUACACGAACCCCAGGAAAGGCCUUGGACCGUUCAUCACUUGAUUGGCUGCAUUCAUGGCGUUCCUCGGGAUGACCUGCAACUUGCUGUUCCGAUGAAGUUCAUGAUGCUCAUGAUCAAACUUUCAGCCCUUGGACAUCUAGGGACAGCUGAGGAAAUAAGGAAGCGUCUUCCUGGCGGGAGAUGCCUCUUGUAUGAGAACAAAGGCAGGACAUACUGUAGCAGAACCUUUUCAAUCCUCACACUCAACUGGUCCCAUUUCCUCGAUACUCUCUAUCAGAGUCUCCAUAUUCUCCACAGCAGCUUUCCCUACCAAGCCUGCUAG